AUCCAAUCACAAAAUAAGCCGAAAGGGGAUUUUUGCUCUAUAUUUGUCUCAGAGUCCAGGAGGGUCCUGAAUGCAGUUUGCCAGUCCUGCAUCAUUGAGACAUGGCAGAAGAUCACUUAAAGGCAGAUGCCUCUGCUGGGGAGGGGGAGACAGAGCCCAGCAUGCUACUGCAGAAACUCAAAAACAACAUUUCUAAAAAUGUGCAGGGCAAAGUGGACAAAAUUUUGGAAGAUGUGCAGCGUUUCUCUGACAAUGACAAACUCUACCUUUAUCUACAAUUACCCUCAGGUCCAAGUGCAGGAGAGAAGAGCGGUGACUCAAACUCAGUCAACACAGCAGACCAGCUUCACACCUGCAACUGGAUUCGUAGCCACUUGGAAGAACAUCCUGACACCUGCCUGCCUAAACAAGAUGUUUACGAGACGUACCGGAAGCACUGUGACAAUUUACAACAUCGGCCUCUAAGUGCAGCAAACUUUGGCAAAAUCAUCCGAGACAUCUUCCCUAACAUUAAAGCACGAAGACUGGGUGGAAGAGGACAGUCCAAAUACUGCUAUAGUGGGAUACGUAGAAAAACUGUGCUAAACAUGCCGUUACUGCCCAACCUGGACCUAAAAAAUGACCCGUCUGAAUUGACUGAACUGGUGCAAACCUACAAGCAAGAGGUUACUGAAGCAGCUUGUGAGCUCAUCUGUGACUGGGCUCAGAAGAUCCUGAAGCGCUCAUUUGACACAGUAGUGGAGAUUGCACGCUUCCUCGUGCAGGAACAUAUUGUCAACCCACGCUGCAGCCAAGCCGAGCUCGUCACCUCAGCUGCUCUGGCAGGUGGACCUUCCAAACCUCAUAAGGUAAUCAAAAAGAUUACUGCAGCUUCCCGAGCAGGUGGAACAGAGGAAGAUGGCAGCAGUUUGGAAAAUAAGCAGAAAGAGAAAGAUGCUGUGGAACAGCCGACAUCUAAUAAGCAACAGGUUAGUGAAAAAACAUCCAACAAGGUGGAGUCUGCUCGGGUAGAGGCCUUCAUGAAGAAGUUGCCCCAGCUCCUUCCCAGGGGCUCUGUUCCGGAGAAAACCUCCCCACCAUGUCUCACUCCUGCUGAUUCAGGCAGCGUUCAAGUCACUUUGCCCAUCACAGUUGCAACUAUACCGUCUCAACCAGGUGGCCCUGUCCCCGUUAUGAUUCUGCCAUCAGGCAUGAGUCUUUCAUACCCAGAACGUGACAAAACAUCAGUCACGGUUGCGACUUCUGCUGCUCCGACACCGGUGGUCCAGAGAGCACGAGCACCCGCCCCUAAGAGGGGCCCUGAUCCUUCCUCCUCAGUUUCAGCCUCUGGCUCUGCUGGUGUUGCUUUUAAACGCAAAAGAGGACGACCCAGAAAGCAAAGACCAGAAGAUGCGGCAGCACAAGUUCUGUCAGCCCAAACCGCAAUUCCAAAUUCAGCUUUGCUUUCGAGAGGAGUAAUCCAGAAGGCUUCGCCUUCCUGUACGCCAGCCACAUCUUCACAUAUGGUGGAAAUUUUGUUCCAGGACCAGCAAAGCCUGGUUCUUGGCCAAAUUCCUGCUGUCCAGGAAGUGUCAGACGUUGAGCGUAGGGGUGUAGUGGUGCAUUGUCAACCUGCACCAGAACCCGAGAAGCAACAAUCUGUCUUGAUACUACCAGGACCCAACCAACCCAGUUACGAGUUGAGUCGGGGUAUGGUCAUCCAGCGAGCGCCGCUAUGUAGAGAGGGAAGACCUACUCUCCAAGAAGUGCCACAAACCGCCAUCUCAUACCUCCCUCCACCUACAUUAUUAGAAGACAGAGGAGAAGUCGAAAUUACUCUGACUCCUGUGGAGCCACAGGUCGAUUCCAUGCUAAACUCAGCAGGUAUCUCCAGCUCAUUUGGCUCCUUGUCUGAAGAAACCCCGAAACCAGAUGCCCCAUAGCUGCAGCACAUCAGCCAUCCACAGAGACUUUGAAACACCAUGAUUAAGAUGUGCAUUGCCUUCCAGUGCGUUGCAUACUAGUUUUAGGGUCAAACUGAGGUGUACCAUUUUGGCUGAGUUUGAUUGGGUAUGUCUGCUUUCUGUAGGGUGUCUUGAGGCAAUGAGCGAACAAUGUGUUGUUAUUGCAAUGGCAUUUUUGCUUUAACAAAACGCCUUCAAACAGCAACUACACGUUCAUUUUUAAUAUUAACAUUUAAAAGUUUUGCUGCAGUUACCUCAUGUUGAAAUUACCAUGAUUGGGAGAUUACAACUGCAAGGUUCAACAUGGCGAUGUCAUCCAAGAUCCGAAACAGCUGCUGCCAUUUUGGGUUUUACUUGACGUCACAAUGGUCAGUUGGGAGAAAUUGGAAGUUUCAUAAAACUGUGAGUUUUCAUUGUAAUUACAGUACGAGUUUCACAACAUGAUGUGAAUGCACCAUUAAUUCCUGAAGUUUCCAGGAGUGUUCUUUAAGAGAUUAUAAUUGUACAUCUAAGUGUCUUAAAACAAAUAGACCUAGAAAAAUGUAUCACUUCGUUUCCAAGAAGGAUGUACAUUGGAGUGAAUUUUAACACAUUUCAAUCAAAUUGUAGUUGAAGAUUAAAUUGGCAGGGAAAUGUACAGAUAUACUCACAAAUAGAAGUCCAAUCUGGUCUAGCUCAGUUUUGGUCUCUGAUGUAAAUGUAAAAUGAAGGACAUCUAAAAAAAGUAAUUCAUCAUAGUUAGUUACCAAGGAACUGCUUACCAUUCGUCAGUGCUGUCUGUCCCCAUUUUCAGUGCCAUAAGAGGGCAGUUUGUUUUCUAUUGCUCUAUCCGUCUUUGCAUGUUUGUAAACGUGAAUUGAGACAUUUGAGAGUUUUUAUUCUAGAUGUUCAGAUGACAAAGAGUGGUAUUACGGGUUUGUAACUUCAGGGUUCUAAAAGCUUACAACCACCAUAAGUCCCUCCCUCACCCAAUGAUUGGGUAUUAUUUACAUGUUUUAACUUAUUAAUGUUGCAAAUAACAGAUAUAUAUAACAUUUCUAAAUGACUACAUUGAGUUGCUGUUGUGAAGGUCAAGAAAACACUCUCCUGGUUCAGAUGGUGCAAUGUGUAUGUGCAUAAAAUGAAGAUCUUGUCCCUUUAAAAUAUGCAAAUGAGGGUUUGAUUUCUGGAUUAUUCUCAAAACACACUGUAUUUAGGUCUAACUAGUGGUACUCUUACAGCAACAACAACAACAAAAUAGCACUUAACAGAUGUUAAAAGUUUAUCCGUAAGCUGGAAAUAUAUCUUCAUAGGUUAAACGUACCCGGAAAUAAAUUCAAAUGUUUUAUUUUCCAAGUGUAUAUCCAUCACCACUAUAUUGCUACUUAUAAAAUAUUACUAGUGGAGUGUGCACUGUCACCCUAAAACAUGUUGAAAAAAAAUAUUAGCAGUUAAUAUACAUUUCUGAAAUUGGAUUAUAUUAUUAUUUUAAUUUCUAUCUGGAAUUUGUGCUAAUUAUUUAUUUAUUCACAUUUUACUGAGCUUGAGCCUCAACAACCUCUAGUUGAGUUAGAUUUGACAGUGUUUUAAAGAAUAUUUCUGCCUUUUUCAUUUUGUAGCCUUAAAAAUAUUUUUUGUACUAGUAUUUGUUACAGAUACUUCACUUGAUCUUAGCUAAAAGCCCAUUGUUUACAGAUUUGUUUUGUUUAUUACAAUUGUGUUAUUCUAAUGGCAGAUUAUACCCAAAACAGACUCGUGUAUUAUUCAUGUAUAUGAAUAAAAUUCUUCCCAAAGAAUUAAAAAAUGCAAAUGUGAAAAAAUAUUUUGUAGUAAUAGUUUUAAUUCUAAUGAUGUUUUAAACAGAGGAAAUAUAAAUGCUUUUCUGCAUAUGGUUUGAGGUCUUGAAAGGCUAUAAAAUGAAGAAGAAAAUACUUAUUAUGAAGAAUUCAGCUCAACAGUUGGUAGGAAAAGCCUGUUUUCACCACGUCAAAUAAAACAAAAAAUCCAGCUCUUAUUGGCACUAUAUUGAGAUAAAGUGAUUAUUUUGACAUGGGUCAUUAUUUUGAGAUAUCACACACUUUUUAUUUUACAUUGCGGUAAUAGGCACUUAAUUUACAUAAAAAAAUAAAGCCAAUCCAAUUAUUUAUAAAGAGGUUCUGAGUCAGAUGUUGAUAUUUAUUCAAAUGUUGUAGUUAUAUGCGAGAUGGCAGAUGAGUAAGUUGGAGGAUUUUACUAUUGAGUAAUGGUGCUUUAAAAAAGCAAAACGGGUUGAACUAUCUAAGAAAAUUAUUGUGAAUCACACUGCAGCGAUUUCACCCAGUCAGCAGUUUGACUGCACUUACCGUUGGCUGCUUGAUGGUGCUUAUUCUGGGUAGAAUCAGCAAGGUACUUAUGGUCUCUGUACAUUAGUAGCAGAACAACAGCCUGCUACUGUGCAUCAAGUCUUGUGAUGAGGAUGUGCUGUAUGUAGGAGACACAAUAUUUACAAUCCCAUAACUUUGUUGAAUUGUAAAGAAACACGGCUGCUUAAUUUGCUCAGUUGAAAUCAUAUGAAUCCCUUCUUAUAAUUAAAGGAGGUUUCAUCUGGCACAGUGAUAUUGGCAGGGUGCUGUUGUUGUUUUUUCCUGUGUUUAUUUUUUCCAGUGCACAGUUAACUUAUGUUACAAAUGGGUAACUUUUACAGUCUUUGCAUUUGAAUACUAAUGUUGCAUCUCACCCCUGAUUUAAAAUCACAUUUUAAAUUACAUUAAAGUGAUAAAAUAAUAUAAGUGAAUGGUAACUGAGGCUGUCAGUAAAUCAAUGGCAAUUGUUUUUUUUUUUUUUGGGUUAACUAUACCUUUAAUAAACUAAAAAGAUUUAAUGAUGUGAUUUGUUUUAGAACAUUUUGGUUUGCUAUAUCAGCCUUUUAAUUGCAACAUUUAAAUGGCUGAGUGAACAAAAUGCAUAAUAAUUGAGGAGCAAUGUGUGAAUAAUCGGAUAUGAUGCAGCAAAUUUAUGUACAAGAAAUUUUGAGCAAACUAAUAAUAAUAAUAAUAUAUACACUUAUGGAUAUAAUAUUCAUAGCCUCAUAGUUGUCCAUCGAUGAACACUGUUGUUUUUUGUUUUAAGUACAAUGUUUCCGUACAACAUGGUGCCUCAUACAAACCACUGUGCUCUGAAUAUAUCAAUUUUCUUUGCAUUUUUUAUUGUGAUGUAGCUCUGGAGCUCUUAAGUAGAUUUUGUUUACUCUUUGGUAAAAGGCUCUAAAAACUGUUGUCCUCAUAAACAAAGGAAAACCAAAAUGACAAUGAUCCCACAAGUGCAUCGAGGUGAUGAUCGUUUGUAUUUACACACAAGUGAUGGUAAUUCUUAUGUUUCAUUGUGACAAAGCAACCAAUUGCAGUCGUGUCUAGAACAUUAACUUUUCACCGAGUCCUGUAGAAUUGUUAACUGGCAUACAUUUUGCUUUUGAGUCGAGAUAAUAGUUUUAUAUCAACCCAGUGGAAUUUGCAUAAAUGUUCAUUUGUUGUGAGGGUCAAUAAUAUGCCACACAUUGAUUCUGUCAUUUUUACUAUAAUUUGUCUGAUUUUGUAAUCUGAUUACAACCAAAUUGUUUAGCCAGUCCAUGCAUGGUUUGUGUAUUGAAUACAUUUUUAAAAAGUUGUUACAAAGGUCAGAUAUUGUAUGUAUGCCUGGCUGCAUCUAGGAAUUGUUUGAAUUUGCGCAGUUUCUUUAAAAAAAAUUCUGGUGUUUGUCUUGCACUUUAAUUUUCUUAACAUAAAGCACACGGGGGGGGAUGAAAUUCAGCACCUUGUAUGUUAUUUGUUUUUGUACUUAAAAUCAUAAAGUCUUCUUUUAGAAAAGCUUUUCUUAUUUUGUAUUUCAUGUACUUUUUUUUUCAUGAUAAAACUGUAAAAUUGGACAUCUUCCAUAUAAAAACAAUCUCUGACUGUGAGCACAUUUUCAUAAA